CCACUCACCACCAUUUCACACCUCACCCCUCCAUCCGCGACGACGCGCUCAGACCCCCGAGGCGCCCGAGAUGUGGACCUCCGACUCCGACCCCGAGCUCCCCGCCGCCGUCUCGUCCACCACCUCCGCCUCCCCGCCGCCGCCCCCGCCUCCCGCCUCCCUCCUCCGCCGCCCGCGCAGCCGCCGCCGCCGCCGCCGCGCCGCCAGCAGGCAGGCCGUCCCCGCCGCCGCGGCGCCCGAGGCCGAGGACGUGUGGCGCGGGGCGCAGUGGGAGGCGGCGUGGCCGGGCCGGCGCGACGCGAGGCCCGUCCUGCUCGCGGCGGACGCCGCCGCCCCGGGGGCCGCGGACGACGGCGUGGGCCGGUCCAGGAGCCUCACGGACGACGACCUCGAGGAGCUCAAGGGCUGCGCCGACCUGGGCUUCGGCUUCAGCUACGACGAGAUCCCCGAGCUCCGCGGCACGCUCCCGGCGCUCGAGCUCUGCUACUCCAUGAGCCAGCGCCUCCUCGACGACGCCCACCACCAGGCCGCCGACCCCGCGCCGCCCGUCACCAACUGGAAGAUCUCCAGCCCCGGCGACAGCCCCGACGAGGUGAAGGCGCGGCUCAAGUACUGGGCGCAGGCGGUGGCGUGCACCGUCCGCCUCUGCAGCUGAACGCCCGGCGACGCCGUGCGCGCCGGCGAGCACCACGCCACCGGAAGAAACGAUCGCCGCCGCCGCCGCCGACAACCAAAUGACAGAUCGAUGGACCGAGACGCUAGCAUCCCGCUGGACGAUGACCCGGAUCAGAUCACGGACGCAUCGCUGCUCCUGCUGUAAAGCGACGACAACGGAAGCGCGGCGCCGCCGCUGCUGCUGCGACGGCGGGCGUUGGCGGCUGCCAUGAUUGCAGCCGGGGAGUUUGGUGGGGCGAACAUCGCACGUAGCUGACGUGGGAGGCUGGGGAGGUUGGUUGCCGUCUUGCGGUGCUCCGAUCCUGCAGCGCGACCUGCUGUCCGGUGCCAACCCAGCGCCAAGCCAAUCUCCAGGAAAUAAACUAUUAUUUUGUAGUAGCGAUCCAAAUAAUGUUCUGAAUAACAGUUGAUUAAUCUAGGGCACAUUGGGUAGGGCAUCAGAGUGAAUAAAUAAUUGAUGGAUCCCAACCUUGUUGCUGCGGUUCUUAAUCAUUGGUUGGCACAGCUGUCCGCUUCAUUUGGUGUUCUUAAUCA